CUCCUUUCCCAGCUCUGCUCCGGGACCGCCCCGUCCCUCCCCGGUCGCUCAGCGACCGCAUCGCAGCUCCCUGGCACUGCCAGGACUCCGCCGGCUCUCGCAGCCAUGCAGCGCUGGGGGCCCCCCAGUACAGGGGUUGGGGAGGGAGGGACAGGACUGGGGGGGAGUUUUGGGGGGGGGCUGCUCCCCCCAGCGCCCUACGACAGCUUCAUGCGCAGCCACCUGCGCUACUACGGCUACUUCCAAGCACCCAGCAUGGACAGCACCCACCCCCCUGGCAUGCGGGGUCCCGGGCUGGAGCUGAGCUCCCCCAGGGGGCUGGAGGUGGCCCCCCGCCAGGGCAGGCCGGUUCCCUGGGGGUCCCCAGGGGAGCCCCGGGCUCUCUUUGCCCUCCCCUCGGCACAGGGCCCCCUGCCUGCUCCUUGCUGGCCCAUCGAGUGCGAAGUCAUCAAGGAGACGAUAGAGCACAUCGAGUGGGUCCCCCCUGAACCGGAGCCCUUCUGCCAGCCCGUGGGCCCUGAGCGGGCACCAUCCACCCUCAGUGAGGAGCAAGGCACCGUCGUCUACCACAGCCCAGCCCCCCCAGGCUCCUGCUUCACCCGUGCUCGGGUCGGGGGGGCCCCGGGUCCCCUCUCCUCAGCAGCGGCCGCCUUGGAGGGGCCGCAGGAUGCCACACUGCUCUUUGAAUCACGCUUCGAGAGCGGCAACCUCCAGAAAGCUGUCAAGGUGGGCCCCUACGAGUACGUGCUGACGCUGCGGCCGGACCUGUACACCGCCAAGCACACGCAGUGGUUCUACUUCCGCGUCCAAAACACCCGGCGGGAACCCCUCUACCGCUUCACCAUCGCCAACCUGGCGAAACCCCGGAGCCUCUACGGCGAGGGCAUGCGCCCGCUGUUCUACUCCCAGCAGGACGCCCGGAGCCGUGGCAUCGGUUGGCGCCGCGUCGGCACCGAUGUCUGCUACUACCGGGGUGGUGGGAAGGAGCCGCUCGCCUUCCGCCUCACCUGGACGGCACGUUUCCCCCAUGACGGCGAUACCUGCUUCUUCGCCCACUCUUACCCCUACACCUACUCUGACCUGCAGCGGUACCUGCGGGCGCUGGCAGGCGACCCGGUGCGCUCGCGGUACUGCGCGGUGCGGGCGCUGUGCCGCAGCUUGGCCGGUAACACUGUCUACUUGUUGACCAUCACCAGCCCCGGUGGCGCGGCGGGGAAGCGGGCGGUGGUGCUGAGCGCCCGCGCGCACCCAGGGGAGAGCGGCGGCUCCUGGGCCAUGCGGGGUUGCCUCGAUUUCCUCCUCAGCUCCCACGCUGAUGCCCGGCUGCUGCGUCGGCUUUUCGUCUUCAAGGUGGUGCCUAUGCUCAACCCCGACGGGGUGGUGGUGGGGAAUUCCCGCUGCUCGCUGGCGGGCCGGGAUCCCAACAGGGCGUACGGCACGGCGCUCCGCGGCUCCUUCCCUGGCGUGUGGCACCUGCGGGCCUUGGUGGAGAGGGUGCUGGCGGAGCGGGAGGUGGUGCUGUACUGCGACUUCCACGGGCACAGCCGGAAGAACAACGUCUUCAUGUACGGCUGCGACGACGGUGGCGGCAGCACUGGGCCACGGCUGCGCCAACGCGUCUUCCCCCUGAUGCUGAGCAAAAACGCCCCCGACAAGUUCUCCUUCCCCAGCUGCAAGUUCAAGGUGCAGAAGAGCAAAGCGGGGACGGGCAGGGUGGUCCUGUGGCGCCUGGGUGUCUCCAACAGCUACACCCUGGAGGCAGCUUUUGGUGGCUCGACACUGGACGGGAGGAACUCGCACUUCACCGUGGAGGACCUCGAAGCACUGGGCUCCCACCUCUGUGACACCCUGCUCGAUUUCUGUGACCCCGAUCCUGCCAAGUUCCGGCAGUGCCUGUUGGAGGUGGACACACUGCUGCGGCAGCGGCUGGGCCAGCAGCCAGGAGCCAGUGGCGGUUGGAGCGAUGUUUCCCCCUCGGAGCUUGAGUCCAGCACCAUCGGCUCCGAUAGCUCCGUGUCCGAUGAGUUUCCAGUUCACGCAGUGGGCCCAGUCCAACCGGUGCAGUUGACGCAACGGAGGAGGAAGCGGCUGAGGAGCCGGAGAGCGAGGAACGCGCUGCACUGGAGCAAUCCCGCCCACCAGAGCCGUGCCAGCGUCCCGGUGAGCACCCUCCACACCGUCCCAGAGGGGACAGUCCCGCUGGGGUACUGGUCCCCGGUGCUGUGCCAGUCUAACCUUUCUCCCGUGACCCCCAGGCCAAGCUGGGGCCCCACCGGCAGCUGCCUCUCACCGGAGCGGGGGGUGGCCGCCACGCCACUGCAGCGACAUCGCAGCUGGACGGCAGCACAAAGGUGGCGACCAGCAGCACAAAGGUGGCGACCAGCGGCACAAAGGUGGCGACCAGCGGCACAAAGGUGGCAACCAGCAGCACAAAGGUGGCGAGCAGUGGCCCCAGUGCUCCCCCGCGGGGUGCGGUGCUCGCAGCCGGGCCAGGGCGGCGGCGGGCAGCUGCUGCAGGCGGGCACCGGGCGCGUCCCCAUCUCACCCCGCGGUGCCACGCCUGCGCCCGGGAUUAAAGGCGGUGGCGGGUUGCGUUGCGCCAUCAGGACAGUGUCGUGGUGUCCGUGUGUGUCCGUGUGUCCCAGCGCUGCCGCCUCACCCCGCAGGCCCUGUCACUGUGGCGCGGGCGCCAUUGCUGUGACGUCACCGCGUGCCUGCAGGCCGCAGGCAGGCUCCAGGCUCCACGGGUGCUGCAGGCCCCGUUGCCAUGGCAACGCCUCAGUUUCCCUCCCUCCCUCAGUGUCACCGCAGGCUCCCCUCGUUAUGAUGUCACUGCAGGCCCUGUUGCCAUGGCAAUGCCUGUUUCCCGCCCCUCCCCCAUGACAUCACCGCAGGCCCCCCUCACCAUGAUGUCAACGCAGGUCUCAGGUUGCCAUGGCGACACCUCAGGUUUUUUUUUUCCCCCCUCCCCCGUGUCACCUCAGGCCCCCUCGCCAUUACAUCACCGCAGGCUCCCUCACCGUGACGUCCUCACCGGCCUCCUCGCCAUGACGUCACUGCAGGCCUGAGGUUGCCAUGGCGACGCCUCAGGCCCCGUAGCCA